AUGCAUCCAGCAGUAGCAGCAGCACAUCCAUUGCGAGCAUCAUGGCGUUCAAUACGAAAUAAAAUUCGAAUAUGUCGACAAACACAAUAUGAUUUAAUCCAGACUUACUUUUCUGAAAAUAAUCGUCAGCAGCAGUCAACAACAACAACAUUAGCUAUCCGACCACGCUUCGUAAUUAAUGCAGUGGAGCAACAAAUUUACACUAUUUUAGUAACAUUUUUGGAUCAGGUUGUCGAGUGUUAUCAUACAAUGUAUAGUGUUUGGGCAUGCAAAAAAUUCGGACGUCAGCUAGCACGCAUCUUGCGUGCAAUAAAUUUUGAUCAUGGAUACUGCUGGAGACUACUGGAGAAUCGUAUUCUUUACUAUCUGAUGGUAAAACAUUACAGUAUACCCGUAUUGCUUGCUUGGCAUACAUUUAUGGAUACUUUAUCAGAUACUGUUAUCGAAGGUUUCUGGCAAGGAACAACUGCUGAUUUACCGAAUCAAUUACCGACAAUUUUUGAAGAUACACCAGCCAAAUGUUUCUUGUACAUCGAGCCGAAUCGUCCAGACGAAAAUCCAGCAGUAAAGACAGAUCAAGGAGACGAAAUGGGAGAAUGCCAGAAAAGACACAGUCAAAGAGACUUUUCUGGAUCGGCGAACAUGGUUCCCAAAAAUGCGGAAACUUAUCGGGUCCUAUAUGCCUACAAACCAAGAAAUGCGGACGAGCUUGAACUCCAAGAAAAUGAUAUUGUUUUUGUUAUUGAAAAAUGUGAUGAUGGUUGGUUCAUUGGUACUUCACCACGAACAGGUCAAUUUGGAACAUUUCCAGGCAAUUACGUUGAAAAACAUUGA